AUGGUGAAGUUAGAAGAAAAUCAGUAUGUACGUGAUGGUCAUGUUCAUGCUCACCUCGAUAUUGCUUGUACUUAUAAUGAAAAACACACAAUUGAACUUGUUGGCCAUGAAUUCAUUAUAUAUCCAAAUGUAUUCAAUCCUACAGUGUUUCCUCUAUCAGAUCAUGUAAUCAAAAUGUGGCUACAUCUCAUCCAUCUGAUAAAACCUGAAUCAGUACUCGAAAUUGGUUCUGGAGCUGGUUAUUUGGCUAUUCUUGCUGCUCUUAAUGGUGCUAAUCGGGUCACGGCUACUGAUAUUACUCACGAUGCGAUAGAGAACAUUGAGGCUAACAUUGAAAAAUACAAUUUAGGAGAUCGCAUGCAAGCAGUUUAUGGCAGCGUUUUUGAACCAUUCGAUAAGAAUAAUCGAUUCGAUGUUAUUUUUUGGGACAUACCUUUCUGUCAUAUUGAUAAGCCAAUGGAAGAACUUAGUGCACUCGAGCGUACGGUUUUUAAUCCAGGUUACAUACUUUUCGAGGCAUAUUUGAAAGGAGCUCACCAACAUUUAACAGAUACUGGCCGUGUCUUUAUGGCUUUCUCAAAUAUGAUGGGUCAUCCAGAAAAAAUAUUAGAAUUGAUCAACAAAUAUGACUGGCGUUUGGAGGUUGUGGUGAAUCCUGAGCACGUCACAUCGAAUAUUGAAAGUAUGCACGAUAAUAACGUCGAUAUGGAAAUCUAUGAAUUGAUCAAAUUAUGA